CAUUACAAGGAGUUUCCUGUCGGACAUAUUUUAUCGCAACACAACUCGACUCACGUGGGACGGUAAAGGUCUCAUCUCAGACGUUGCUGGUUAGAUUAAAAAUGCCAAAGAAAAGCAAAGCAAAGAAUGUAAAGAGACGGAGCAGUGAUGAUGAGCAGCGCCCUCCUAAACAGAGCAGGGUAAAGCACAGUGACACUUCAAUGCCUCUGUGCUUCCACAGCCCAGUCAGCUUGUUUGAGAGCCUCAUCCAGCCCAUGGGGACAGAGCAGUUCUUCAGGGAGUUCUGGGAGAAGAAACCUCUCCAUCUGCAGAGGUCUGACUCCAGCACAGCCUCCUACUAUCAGUCUUUGUUUCAGCUGUCUGACCUGCAAAGCUUGUGUUCUCAGGGUCUGAAUUACUACAGGGACAUCAACGUUGUUCGCUGCAUCAAUGGCAAGAAAGAAGUGCUCAACAAGGAAGGGCAAGUUAAGAGUAGUGUUCUCACUAAGUACUUGGUUCAGAAUAAGGCCACCAUCCAAUUCCACCAGCCGCAGAGGUUCAAGGAUGAGUUGUGGAGGAUCCAGGAGAAGCUGGAGUGUUUCUUUGGAGCUUUGGUGGGCUCUAACGUCUACAUCACACCACAGAAGUCCCAGGGCCUUCCAGUUCACUAUGAUGAUGUUGAGGUAUUCAUUCUGCAGUUGGAGGGACAGAAACAGUGGCUUCUCUACAGUCCUACUGUUCCGCUGGCAGCAGACUACAGUGUGGAAUUAGAGGAAAGGAUUGGCAGCCCAACCCACAAUAUUAUACUCAAGGCUGGAGAUCUUCUGUACUUCCCCAGAGGAACCAUCCAUCAAGCCAGCACUCCAGCAGGAGUGGACCACUCCACUCACUUGACUCUCAGCACCUACCAGAGAAUGUCAUGGGGAGAUUUGCUGUUGGACAUAUUUCCGAGCCUACUAUGUGAUAGCAGCAGGACUGACGUAAGCCUGAGAGAGGGCAUGCCCAGAAGACUCUUGAUGGGUAGCAGUGAAGGCGUAGACACCAAGCGGCUGGCCACAUACCUCAGAAGUCUGGCUGAUGAAAUGGAAACAGGGAUGCUGGAAGUCCACUCCACUCACAUGAAGAGAGACUUUAUCAUGAAUAGACUGCCACCAUACAGCCAGCAGGAGCUGCUUACACCAUCUGAGAGGAUUCCUGUCUUAGACGAUCUGGUGUGUUUGAGGUUUAAAGACCACAUGGUAAUAACAGUGGAGCCCAGCCAAGAGAGAACAGAUGAGGCCACAGAGCUGGUUGUCUUUGUCUUACACUCUUUGAAGAACCAGAGGGAGAACCACAUGAUGGGUGGAAUUUGUGAUGAAGAGGAGGAACGUGAUAUAUUCAGGGCAUUUUGUUUGGAGGCGACGGAAGGGCUAUUGAAGGUCUACAACAUCAGAAUCUCUCUUUGCCCGUCAGUGUCCCCCCAGGGAGACCUCUCUACACUACAGGGUCUGAAGUUCCCUUUGUCCCAUCUCCAGGCCCUGCAACAGCUGCAACAGGCAGAGCAGCUGGCUGUGGUCCAGCUCCAGCUGCCCACAGAGGAGACCAAACUCAGUCUGGUGCUGGCUCUCUGGAGUGAAGGCCUGCUGGAUGUGCUAUAGCACAUCACUACAUCAAAAUAUCACUGAUGUGUUUGUAUUACAUCCACAUAUGUUGAUUUUUACGAAUGCUUCUAAGUAUUUCUCUUUGCCUUAUAAAGAGUACGGUCUUGACCUGCUGAAAUGAAAAGUGCCCUGAGAUAACCCCUGUUAUGAUUUGCCGUUAUAUAAAUAAAAUUGGAUUGGAUUGAAUUGUUUUCUUCU